AUGUCUUUGUUUCCAGCCUAUGCUAAUGACAGUAAUGAUACGUGUUCCGAAAAAAUAGACCAAUACGAAGAGUGUUGUGGUGAAUCACUGGCUUUAGAGGCGCAACUGCUUGCAAGUGACAAUGAUGAGGAGCAUGACGGUGGGUCCCACACUGCGCCCCCUGCCGCUUGCCAGAGCCUUCAACUGCUUGAUUGUGAUUAUUAUGUUGACUGCAAAUUAGAUGUUGGUAAUCUGCGAGUCUCUACUCUGUACUACCCUGGAAGACCACAGUAUAGCACGUUGCCCCCGCGCGAGGCGCUGGGCGGCGCCGGCGCCCGGGCCGAGCCGGGGCGCCGGCGCGCGCGCCGCUACUACAGCGCGGGCGCCGGCUCGGGCGCCAGCUCGGCCGACGCCUUGCCCGAUGAGGAGCUCGCGGAGCGGACGCGCGCCUACCGCGACAUGCUCGCAGACAACCCCACGGACGAGUCGCUGUGGCUACAGUUUAUCGAAUUCCAGGAACUGACGCGGGGGGCGGAGGCGGGGUUGGCGGCGGCGGAGUCGGCGGCGCGCGCGACGCGGUCGCCGCGGGUGCGGGCGGCGCUGCACCGCGCGCGGGCGCUGGCGCUGUCGCCGCUGCGCCGCCUCGACAUGCUGCGGCGCGAGCUGGCCCUCGCAGAGUCGGACGACGAGCGCACCGAGCUGUGGCUGCGCACGCUGGGCUGCGCGGGCGCGGCGGGCGGCGCCGAGCUGGACGCGGCCGCGCGCGCCGCGCUGGGCGCCUGCCGCGCCAGUGCGGCCGCCUACCCGCUGCUGCUGUACGCGUACGGCGCCGGCCUGCGCGCCGCCGGCCACUGGGAGCGCCUUGUGCUGCUGCUGGAGCUCGUGCUGUCCAUGAACUUCCCGCCCGCCGCCUUCCCGCCGCCGCCCGACCCGAUGCAGCUGGCCGACCAGGAACGGCGCCUGCACGACCUGGAGGAUAAGGUGGUGUGCAGCGGGCUGCCGCUGAGCACGGUGUGGGUGCGCGUGGAGCGCGCGCGGGCCGCCGUGCACUGGCGCGCGGUGGAGGCGGGCGCGGUGCCGGCCGAGGACCCGCAGCGCGCGCCGGUGCCGGCGGACGUGGCGCACCUGCUGCAGCCAGCGGGCGCGGCGGCCCCGCUGCUGGUGCUGCAGGCGCUGCGGCUGGCCAAGGUGCCGCUGCUGCCGCUAGGCCAGCACGUGCUGUGCGCGGCUGAUGCCAGCGGCGACGCGUUGGGUGAUGCUGCGGAGGCGGACGGCGCCGAGGUGAUGCUGGCGCUGGUGCGCGCGGCGCGGCGCCUGCCGGCGACGCACGCGGCGCGCGGGCCGGGCGCGGCGCGGCUUGUGCAGGCGCUGGUGGAGCCGCCGCACUACCUGGCGGCGGCGGGCGGGUUCCUGCGCUGGGUGCGCGCGCUGUGGGACGCGGCGUGCGAGUGGCUGACGGGCGAGUGGCGCGAGGCCAUGCUGUGCUGGCGGCUGCGCUGGCUGCACGCGUUACUGCUGCUGCUGGACCUACAGGACGAGGCGGGCCGCAGCGAGGCACAGCGCAUCCGCAACGAGGCGCGCGCCGCCGUCAAGCGCUGGGCCGCGUCCGCCCUGCCCUACGCCCACGUGGCGCGCCUGGAGCGCCGCGCGGCCGGCCCGCGCCCCGCCGCCCGGCCGCGCUGGCCGCGCUGCGCGCCGCGCUGGCCGACCCCGCGCUGCCGCCGCACUGUCGGCUCUACGUCGCCAGGUGCGGCCUGCCGUCUAAGAUACAGCGUCCCAUGCAAUACCAACAAAACUAACUUCUAA